AUGUCAGACACCACCAAGGUCAAAUCUUCGAGACUCAAGUUCAAGGGCGAGAAACACGCCAAGCGGAAACGAGAGCAUACCGACGACCAACGCCCACGCAAGCAACGCAAGGAGGACGACCGUGCAGAUGAAGAUUGGGUUCAGCCCGAGAAUCCCAGUGAACUGAGAGGACCGACAUUCAUUUACCAUCCCUCUGACCCGUUGCCCUGCACUAUAACCUAUAACUCCACCACUGCGAAGCUUGUUAUAUCAAAUCUUGACGCCAGUGACGAACCAAUACUCACUCGAACGCCCACCGACGUGUCCCAAGUCUGGGUGCUGACUCGUGUCGCUGGCUCUCCGACCAUAAACAUCCGGACCGGCACUGGCGAGGGAAAAUUUCUUUCUUCAGAUGCUCAUGGCCUUAUAUCAGCCGACCGCGACGCCCGUGGCCCACAAGAAGAGUGGACGCCGGUUGUUCUGCCAGACGGAAUGGUUGCUUUCAUGAAUGUUUACGAGAAAUACCUCAGCGUCGACGAGGUGGCAGGCGGAGCUGUGGUCUUGCGUGCAGACAGUGAGGAAGUCGGCUUCCGGGAACGGUUCUGGGUCAAGAUCCAGUACAAGUACAAGAAGGAAGCUCACGAAGAGGAGAAACAGAAAACGCUAAAGGAUGCAGUUGAUCCUGUUUCCAUUGAUGAAGUUGCUUCAAACAAAACAUUUCAAGCUUGGGGCGCGGGACGAAGCGUUGUGUCUGAAGCUGAUAAGAAAGAGCUAAAACGUGCCAAGAAAGAAGGAAGGCUGGCUGAAGCCAUGCUGGAUCGUCGGGCAAAGCUCAAAAGCGAUCGGUUUUGCUAG